UAUAUAUAUAUCACACAGUUGAGCCAGCAGACUAUAUUUUCUGAAAGCAAUAUAGAACUGAUGCGUCUACACGCUAAUAAAGAUGAACACGUUCACCGAUUUGGUGUAGCUACAUCAAAAGUGAAGUUGACCAAAUCUUAUUGCAAUGCGCUUUCAAAACAACCAUCGUCUGUUCGACAUUUGCAAGAAGAAAGCCCUGUAAAAGGCAGUAGAAUAUGCAGGAAGUGAUUAGAGCAUCAUCAAGCAUUUGGUCAUUGGGAGCAAUCAGAUUAACAAAACAAUAAGAGAAAUACCUAGGCAUAAUAUAUAAAGGUAUAGGUCACAGGUAGUGCAAUGCAAGAAAUAAAAUAGAUAAAAUACAUACAUAAUUUGAAAAAUGACAG